AUGGGCAAGAUGGCAGUGAACUGUGAAGAUGGGGUAAGCAACAUCUAUCUAUCUAUCUAUCUAUCUAUCUAUCUAUCUAUCUAUCUAUCUAUCUGUGUUCAUAUCUAUGUCUGUUCUAUCUAUCUAUCUAUCUAUCUAUCUAUCUAUCUAUCUAUCUAUCUUUUCAUAUAUGUCUGUUUGUCUGUCUGUCAGUCUGUGUGUUCAUAUCUAUCUAUCUAUCUAUCUAUCUAUCUAUCUAUCUAUCUGUGUUCAUAUCUAUGUCUGUUCUAUCUAUCUAUCUAUCUAUCUGUCUGUCUUUUCAUAUAUGUCUGUUUGUCUGUGUGUUCAUAUCUAUCUAUCUAUCUGUGUUCAUAUCUAUGUCUGAUCUAUCUAUCUAUCUAUCUGUCUGUCUGUUCAUAUCUAUCUAUCUGUCCAUCUAUCUGUCUGUCUUUUCAUAUCUAUCUAUCUAUCUAUCUAUCUAUCUAUCUAUCUAUCUAUCUAUCUAUCUGUGUUCAUAUCUGUCUGUUCUAUCUAUCUAUCUAUCUAUCUAUCUAUCUAUCUAUCUAUCUAUCUCAGUCUUUUCAUACCUAUUGA